CGCAAUGGGUGACUCUACUGCCCCGGGGGCAACAACUGCGGCAGUUGGUUUGGGAACCGUAGGAGGAGGAGGGGACGGCAGCUCCGGCUGGGGGCACAACGGCAGCGCCCCCUGGGGCGGUGACGGAGACGUUUGGGUGAUGGGCAGCGGCGGGGCGUGGCUCCUGGCCGGCGUGCUCUCCCUCAUCAUCCUGACGACGGCGUGCGGCAACAUCCUGCUGAUCGGCCUGGUGCUCACCCAGCGCUCGCUCCGCUGCACCUCCAACUGCUUCCUGGUGUCGCUGUUCCUGUCCGACCUGAUGGUGGCGCUGGUGGUGAUGCCGCCGGCCAUGCUGAACGCGCUGUGCGGCGCCUGGGUGCUGCGCCCCGGCUUCUGCCCCGUCUGGCUCUGCUUCGACGUCAUGUGCUGCAGCGCCUCCAUCCUCAACCUGUGCGUGAUCAGCCUGGACCGCUACCUGCUCAUCAUCUCGCCGCUGCGCUACAAGCAGCACAUGACCCCGCCCCGCGCCCUCCUCCUGGUGGGCGGGGCCUGGGGGCUGGCCGCCCUCACCUCCUUCCUGCCCAUCGAGAUGGGCUGGCACAGCCUGAGCCGCGGCCGGGGCCACGCCCCCAGGCCGGGCGGGGUCAACGGCAGCGUGGCGGAGUUGGGCGGCGGUGGCGGUGGCGGCGGCGGCGCCCCACGCCCCCCGCCGCUCUACCCGCCGCCCGCGCAGUGCCGCCUGGGCGUGAGCCUGCCCUUCGCCCUGGUGGCGUCCUGCCUCACCUUCUUCCUGCCCUCCACCGCCAUCUGCUUCACCUACUGCCAGAUCCUGAGGGUGGCGCGGAGGCAGGCGCGGCGGGUGGCGGCGCUCGCCCACCCACCGCACCCCUAUCACUCGGCCGGGGAGCCCUCCCGCCCCCCCUCGGCUGGGCCGGCCACCGGGCACGCUCACCCCGACAGGGACGGGGACUACUGCAGCCACCAGGAGCCCCCCGCGGCUCAGCACCCACAGUCGUCGGUGAGCAGCGAGCGCAGGUUGGAGCACAGACAGGGCAGGAGGGCUCUGAAGGCCAGCCUGACCCUGGGAGUUCUGCUGGGGCUCUUCUUCAGCGCCUGGCUGCCCUUCUUCAUCACCAACAUGGCACAGGCAGUGUGCGAGUGCGUGCCCACGGCCCUCUUCGACGCCCUCACCUGGCUGGGGUACUGCAACAGCACCAUGAACCCCAUCAUCUACCCCCUGUUCAUGCGCGACUUCAAGCGAGCCCUGGGGCGCCUCCUGCCCUGCUGCUGCUGCUCCGCCUCCUCCUCCUCUUCCUCGCGCUCCCCGCGGAGGCCCUCGCCUCCCCUCUCCCUCUCCCUGCGAAACUCCGGGGAGCCCCACGUGCCCUCCGACCCGCCCUCCCUGUCCUCCGACCCGCCCCAGCCCCCCGCCACGGCCACGGACGCAGUCAACCUGUUCGACGCCGAGCACGCUGGGAGCCGGCUGCCGCUGCUCUUGCCCAAUCAGGUCGACACGCUGGACUGAGGGGCGGAGGGACGGAGGGACGGACGGGAGAGGAGGAGGACAGACGGAGAGGAACGAGAAGAAAGAGGAAAGAGGAAAAGAAGAAAUGCGUGUGCAUGCCUGCGGAUGUAUGCACUGCCAAAAUUCAAAGGGACCCAUAUAUAUAUAAACCUGUGAAAGAGAGAAAAGUAGAAGGAAAGAACAGCGGAAGACGCAAAAAGGUGUGAAAAGAAAAAAAAAAUGUGAUUCAGUUUUUAAAAGAAAUUUUUUUUUCUUGAACCAUUCUGGACCAAAACAGUCUGCCAGGAAUGUCACUGAAGAAAAUGGAGGAUUAGAUUUAAAACUACCAGUCAUUCAAAUGAUUAAAUCGUAGCAAUGUCAAUAAUAAAAUGUAAAUUUGCUUAGGAUUGAAAUAGGGUGUAAGAGAUCAAUGAGGCACUAGAGGGAGGACACCCUUUGUCAGUUUAAUUUGCCUCCAUCUGAAUUGAAACAGCCACUGAGGGGGUGGCAGUUAAAGAACAAACAGCACUCAGCCUGUACCAUUCUGCAUUCAGACUGUACCAUUCCAAGAUGAGGUGGGGGGGGUGUUAGUCUAGGCAGAAGUAACAGGGACAAACACCAAGAACUUGCCGCGGUGUCAUUUGGAGGUGACAGACAAUUGGCAGUUGCUCAAGAGGAAAUGAAUUUAAUUUUCACGGCGCAUCUUUGCAGUCGGUACUGAGAUGAACAAAGAGAUAGAAAAACCGCAGUCAAGAUGGAAAGUAAAAAAGAAAAAAAAAUAA